UCCCUCCACACCUUCCUCCGGCCGCCACAGAGUCUGUUACAGAUAAAAACCCUCCAAAGCAUGGACCCUGAGUACUUCACCUCUUAUGACAUGUGUUGGGGAACCCUGGGCACCGUCCGGCCCUUCCCCGGCUUCCACGCCGACCGGGACGCGCUGGAGAUCCAGGCGGCGCUGGAGAGCAAAAACGCAGGGACUCUGGUGAGGAUCCUGACCAACCGGAGCAACGCCCAGCGGCAGGAGGUCGCUCAGGCCUACGAAGGACAAACCCGCAAGGAUCUUGCAGCUGCUCUGAAGAAGGCUUUAUCUGGAGACGUGGAGGUCCUGCUGCUGGAGCUGCUGAUGCCUCCGGUCCAGUACGAGGCGUACCGGCUGCAGCAGGCCAUGGCUGGUUUAGGGACGGACGAGGAAACCCUGAUGGAGGUUCUGUGCACCAGGUCUGGACCUCGGCUUCAAGAAAUCCGAGCCGUGUACAAACAGAUGUACAAGAAGGAGCUGGAGAAGGAGCUGAAGGGAGAAACCAGCGGAGACUUCGCUAAGCUGGUUCUGGCUCUGUUAAACAAGAGUGAAGCUGCUGGCAGCGUUCAGAGAGAUGUGGAGACUCUGUCUGCGUCUCUAAACGGGAAAAAAGCCGAAGCAGCACCGUGGAUCGAAGUCCUGACCUCCAGAGACUCAGACCACCUCAACAAAGUGCUGACGGGUCUGGAGCUGACCAGCGGACAGACGGUGAACCUGACGGUGGAGAAACGUUUCUCUGGAGACUUCCGGCUGGGUCUGAGCGUUUUAGUUCAGUGCAUCCAGAACGCUGACGUCUACCUCGCCAGGAGGCUGGCCACCAUGAAGUCGUCCUUGGUCCACGGCAUCAUGGUUUCUCACUGCGAGGAGGAUCUGCUGUGCAUCCGAGCCGCCUUCGUUAAGCUCACAGGAGCUUCUCUGUACUCCAGCCUGCAGGUCGGUGUCGCAUGUAGCGCUGCAUCAGAUGCUGCUUUACAUAUCGCACACAGGCAUCGUGGGACUGACGUUUUCUUCUCUUCCAACAGAAACAGUUCAAAGGAGAUCAUCUGCAGGCUCUGCUGGCCAUCUGUCGGUCCGAAGACUGAAGUCCUGCUCGUUUGUGUCUAAACAGUCUGUCUGAAUGCAAAAAUAAACCUCCUGACAACCUG